CCAGUGGAAGGCAUAAGCCAACAGCUUUUGCUGGACGAAGAGCAAGUAUUGCAAAUCGUCGCUGCCUAUUUACCAUAUGGUACAGUCAAUAAGAAUCAGCUAGCCGAAUGGAUGACCAAAGACGGAUCCUGGGGCGGCACCAAACGCAGAAGAAUGACACGAGACAAAUGGGAUGAUCUGCACAACUUGCGUCAAUUUCGACGACAUGUGAGAUUGACGAGCAACACCGUCUUCAACAUGGGAUAUAUCAGACGCAGCAACACUCAAGAUACG